AUGGCCGCGUUGGUGCAAACACUACCCGCCCAGACCACGACCGUUACCAUGAUCGGCCGUCCAUCCUCAUCGGGAGGUUAUCCUUCUCACACCUCGCAAGGCCAAAUGAGAAAUCAUGCACCAAGCCGUUACAACAAUGUGCCGACGGCUGGCUACAGAGGAGUGCCAGGAAGUGGUCCGAUAGCUCCGUACGCCUUCACCUCGACACCACAGUUGGCAGCCUUCAACAACAACGCACGAUCAUCUGCCCACAAUCAAGGACGUUCAUGGCCAUCUCCUAGUUCCCCUCCUGAAACUCCUACGACCCUGCCACAGAUAGAUUUUGGCGGAAGGCCUCUAUCCUUGGGGCUACCUGCAAUCCCAUCGACAGGCUCUUUGAUGGGCAUGUCGACCAACCUUGCUCCGCCAGUCACGUCAACCGCUCCGAAACCAUCUCCGGAUCGAUAUCGACGAACUGGGCGUCGAACAGAAGUAGAGAGCCAUGUCAACCGUCCUGCUAGCAACCCAGCUGUGCCUUCCGGAUCUGGGAUGGCCGCAGUCGGCUCUCUUUACCACCACCCUACCCAGUCGAGCAGCACUCCGUCCUUGGGUAGCCAACAGUCUUAUCGCGGUUCACAUGGAAAUUUGGCUUCGAUGGGCCACUCCAGUGCUGAUGAUCUCACCCUGGCCAAGCCACAGACCACAGAGCUUGCAGCGAGGUAUCGGAGACGUAGCUUUGGAAGCAUUGAAACUGCUGGUCUCAACCAUACGUCCGACGCACAAGAUGUCUCGUCUCCACAUCCGAACUCUUUCCUUCCCUCACCAACAGCACAACCGACUCCAAUGUCCGCCCAACGACCACUACAUAAACAUACCCAGAGCUCCGAUAGUGUUGCGUCGUCAAGGUCGACUCAUUCGUCUCGACCCAGCUCGGCUCGUGCAAACUAUAGCAGCCCAAGUAGCCCGGUUUCCAAUCCUUCGCCCGGUCCUUCCUCGAAAUCCGAUCAAAGACUUGGUGUUCGCUCCGCCCGCUCGGGUGAUUCAAGCAUUCGACAACCUUCGCCUCUGUCACGACCGACAAAUCUUCAAGCCGAUGACAUUGAAGCAAAGACCAAAAUGCCGAGCGCAGUGCCUUCACAGUCGCAUCCUGUCUCCAGCCCAGCCGUCGAACAGCUCGCUGCUCUGAACCAGAAAAAUGGCCUCAAGUCCAAAUCGAAACUACGACGGGCUUUCUCAUUCGGAAGUGCUGCUGAGUUGAGAAAGGCAACCACACAAGGGAACCAUGAAAAGAGCGUUGCAAAUAGAACUGCGACAGCGUCGAAGAGGAGCUCAAAAUACGAGGAUGAGCUUGAACCGGAGCAGGCUAAAAUCGCUGAGAAGCAGGAGGCUGCUGGCUUAGGCGAGAGCAUUUAUUCGGGACAAGGCCAAUUUUUUACAGGAUCCACUGACAAUCUGUCUAUUUCUUCGACGGCUUCUUCGGCGUCUGUCAUGCUACGUAAAAUGGGCAAAGGCGUUAAGAAGGGCACGCGAUCUCUUGUUGGUCUCUUCCGUCCAAAGUCGGUCGUCGGUGUUCCAGCGGCGGAUGGACCUGUCAAUCAGGCAAGCCUGGCACAAGUAUCGAUGGUUACUGUUGAAGCUGAGAGAGAAAAGGUCAAUAUCAACAUCAAUCCGCAUGACCAGACUGGCGGGGGCACGGGUUUCCCCAAACUGGAACGAAAUUCGAUGGAUACUAAGCUGUCAUUUGACAGUGGCACUGUUUCAAGUGAUACUCGAUCCCGUCGGAGUAUCGUUGGUGGAGAGAGAGAACGCGCAGAGGUUCUUGCUGCUGUGAAGAAGGGCAUCCUCAAACGCGUGGAUUCAAAUCAAGCAUCGCCUAAACUGAAGACAUAUGACUUCAAGGUGCCUGAUUUUAAUCUACCACAGAUACCACAUGUUAACGACUCACCAAAAUCCAGUGCUCCAAGCACCCCUGCCGAUGAAACACCCAGAUCUGGCCACCGCCGUACUGAUUCUAUCACCAUCGAAAGCAACGACCAUGACGACUAUUUCAGCUCUAUGACUAGAUUUGUCAAUCCAGAAACGAAAGAAAACCCUAUGACCCCUCAAAGCCUAAUACGAAACAUUUCCUUUAGCCCUCGUCUCCAGUUUUAUGAUACCUGGCCCAGUGGCGAAUACGACCGUCGCGGGGAGAUAGCAACUUGCAAUCGAUUGACUCCAAUGCUUGCUCAGCAGAUCAAGGAAGAGCUGAACACGUUCAAGAUGGAAAUGGAAGUCCACGAAUCCUCCAAGGUCUACACGCACUUCUUCUAA